CAAUAUUGUAAGAAACGAAAGAGCAAAUUCAAGAACCAGAGAAAAUGGCAUCCGAAUCCUCAGUUGAUUACGAUCGGACCAAAGAGUUGAAAGAGUUCGAUGACACAAAAGCCGGUGUUAAAGGACUCCUCGACGCCGGAAUACUUAACAUCCCCAAGAUUUUUGUUCGACCAGCCGAGGAACUUGCAGCCGACGAAUUGAACACCGGCCAGAAGAACAUUGAAGUCCCAAUCAUAGAGUUAACCGACAUCGGAGACGAAAACUGGCAUAAGGAGAUAGUAAAUGAGGUGAGGGUUGCAUCAGAGGAAUGGGGUUUCUUCCAAGUGAUAAACCAUGGGAUCCCUUUAAGUGUUUUGGAUGAAAUGAUUGAAGGGAUACGUUUGUUUAAUGAACAAGAUUUGGAGUUGAAGAAAGAGAUGUAUAGCCGUGACAGAGCAAAGAAAGUGAAGUUCAGCACUAACUUUGAUCUUUUCACUUCCAAAACAGCUGAUUGGAGGGACACUUUGACCCUUUCUUUCCUUGAUUCUGAUCCUGACCCUUCAGAUAUGCCAGAAGUCUGCAGACGAUCUACAAUUGAGUAUAUUGAGCAUAUGAAAAGAUUGGCAGAGACUUUGUUCGAGUUGCUAUCGGAGGCUCUUGGUCUCCGACCGGACCACCUUGGCUCGAUCGGAUGCUGUAAAGGGUGUAGCAUAGUGUCCCAUUACUAUCCACCUUGCCCUCAGCCUGAAUUAACUUUGGGGAUAAGGAAACAUUCAGAUGCAGGCAUACUGACACUGCUUCUGCAGAACCAUAUCGGCGGGCUCCAAGUCCUUCGUGAAGAUCAAUGGUUUGACGUUCACCCCGCUCGAGGUGUCUUGGUCGUAAACAUCGGUGAUCUUCUUCAGAUGUUAUCAAAUGAUAAGUUCAGGAGUGUGAAGCAUAGAGUGACUGCCAAUCAUGUCGGGCCGAGAAUCUCGGUGGCGUGCUUUUUCUCGGGCGAUGCUAGCCUGUUGGACGAGACAUUCGGACCAAUCAAAGAGCUGAUAUCGGAGGCAAAUCGUCCUCGGUACAAAGAGUUCUUGCUGAAGGAAUAUCUUGCCAAGGCUGUAUCCAGCCCACUUGAUGACAAGCCUCCUAUAGAUUACUACAAGCUGUGAAGCUAAAACUAUCAGUGUCAUUGGAAAUACUUAUUG